AUUCUUGGGGCAUGGCUUCAAUGAUCACAGCAGCGGAUGAGCUCCAGAGGCGGAACAGAGCUCGUGAGAUCAAGCAAAAGAGCAACAAGCGCAAUCCAGGAACGGAUGACGACGCUAACAAAGGAGAUGAUGCUUGUGCAAUCUGUGACAAUGGUGGUUUUGUAACUUGCUGUGAUGGUGGUUGUCAAAGGUCUUUCCAUCUAGACGAACAAGAAAGUGAAGAUUCAAAGUGCAGAUUGGCCCUUGGGGUAACUAAAGAACAGGCAAAGAUGAUAAAUGAGAAGAAGGAAAAGUUUAUAUGCAAGAACUGCAAGUAUAAGCAACAUCAGUGUUUUGUUUGUGGAUUGCUGGGAUCUUCAGACUUGUCAUCAAAAGCCAAGGUAUUCCAAUGUGAGUACGACGAUUGUAGGCACUUUUACCAUCCUAAGUGUGUCGCUGGACUGCUCUACCCUGAUAGCGAAGAGGCCACACUUUUUGAGCAACAAGUGGCUGCCGGACUGGGAUUCUCGUGUCCUAUGCAUGAAUGUAUUGUGUGUAAGGGAGGAGAGAAUAAGGAUGACAUGAACAUGCAAUUUGCAGUAUGCAGACGCUGCCCAACUACAUACCACCGAAAGUGCUUGCCAAGUGAUAUCAUCUUCAAAACGAGGAAACGUCCCAACGGUUCGAUGCAAAGGGCGUGGGAUGACAUUCUUCCUGAUCGAAUUUUGAUCUACUGCACGAAGCAUGAGAUCAUAAGGAAACUAGGAACUCCCAAGAGAAACCAUAUCAUCUUUCCUGAUGUCAAAAAACUCCGUGUGCCGAAAACGCUUGAAGGUGCAUCAAUGGAACAGGAUAUACUUGAGGAAGAAGAGCUGCUCAACCACCCCCCGUUUGAGCAAUCUCAGUCUCCUUCACCGGCUGCAACUGAUCAGAAUCAGUGCUCCUGUUCUACUCCCAUCGACUCAUUUGCUCCAAGUUCCUUGUUCAUGCAUCCACAUCUAGGCUCCUGUGGUUGGCUUGGUGACUGACCACACAGCCUCUCUGCCAUAUGUGGAUAAAAAC